AUGAUGAUGCUUAGUAGCACGGCUGCGGGGGAGUAUCUUAAUGUCGGGGAUUAUGUCGCCUUAUACUCCGUUGAGACAGAGGGAUAUGUCUACAGCGUGCAGUCAAGCUCCGUCCAUAGCGGUUUAUACAUUGGUCACAACCAGGACCGGGAGAAACCGUCCAAAAUCCCCAACCCACAAGCUGUCGUUUUCGAAAUUGGUAUUCAAAACCGAUACAAAUUAAACAAGAAGUACCGGAAAUGGGUGAACCAGGCCGCGUCCACAACAGAUCUGACGGAGGACAAGGGACUUCUAGCCCAGGCCAAGUUCGCAGCAGAUGCCGAAAAUGCGGAUAAUGCGGCGGAACAGAAACGUCAGAUGGGCAAGAGGGUGAGAUACGGGGACAUCGUACAGCUGAAGCACGCACUGACAAACAAAUACAUCCACAUGUGUACCUCACAGACCAGCCAAACCGACAAAAACAACAUGGUGAUCAUGCUGCAAGAUUUCAACGCCAAAAAUGCCCAGUUUCGUAUUCUACCUCAGUACAAAGUCAAAUCGGAGGGCGAAGUGGUUCAAAUUUAUGACCAGAUUGUGUUUGAGAGUAUAAAGUCUCCGGGACACUUCUUUCACGCCAGUGCCGCUUAUCAGAUUGACCAUUUUACAUACGGGUCAGAGGUCAACCUUGGCGUGGAGCGGUCUGGGUUUACUUUGGUUCGAUUCCAUAAAGGGAUAGCAGAACACGACCCAUACGUUAGGGGCGGAUCGGUGAUUCGAUUGUUCCACAAGGAGUUAGAGGCCUACCUUGUAGCUGAGGGUCUGUUUGACGAAGAAGUUACAGAGGAUGUUCACUUCAGAAUCCGAGUAAUGGACCAACACAAGCCUCGCACCCUAUCACCGCCCACUUCCGGUAACACAUUUUGGCAGAUAGAGGCAGAAAGUGGCAUCCUGAACGGCGAUAUCUUGCGAUGGGAACAACAGGUUCGACUGCGUCACAUGACCACCAGGAAAUACCUGUGUAUUGACGCUACCAAGGAAAUAUCGUUGACGGACGAGAGUGAGGAUCCGCGAACAGUUUUUCGCCUGUACUCUGUCAUUAGUGAAAGAGAUGAGAUACGAUUCGAGAGUUACUGCCGUAUUGAACACGUGUUGACAGGAUUUUGGCUUCACGCACUGAAAGAUGAAGACUACAUUCGGAAAAAGUUCCGCAACAUGGAUAGUAGUGAAGAUCAGAGUUUGCGGGGACUGCGGUGGGACUCUGCACAAGUCAGACAGGUAGCGGCAAGUGGUGAGAGUCAGUACGAUGAUGCGUUCACCAUACAGUUUGUGGAACAGAUCCAUCAGGACGAGUUUAAUUACAUAAGUGGAAUGGUUCCAUUUCUCCUAAAUCUCAUCAAGGACAGAGAAGAGAGACAAUUCCUAAAUGCCAAAAAGACGCAUGUUGCAUUAACAGCAAUGGAGGGCAUACGGAAAUUCAUGAUGGUGAAAAACCUUCCUAGUAAAAACAGACAAAAAUUGAUGAGAAAUUUGCGAGUGAUUGAUUUGCUGGUGAAGAUCCUUAAAUGCCCUUUAGACGGUACGGCUGACGAACAGAACAUGAUACAAGUGUUCAAGGAGGCUUACGAGAUUCUCUAUACUUACAUGAUAGGCAAAAGCAGGAAAAACGCACUCUAUUUCGCCAAAUAUAUCGAGUUCUUCCAAACACAAUUUACACAAAAGGGUGGUAUAGGGUUAAACGUUGCCCAAAUGAUCGUGGAACUAAUCCGUGACAAGAGGAAGAUCGUGGAUAGGAUCACACACGAACAAAUCAACGAAUUCGUCGGUCUUCUUCAGAAAACACAGAAUUACCGCUUUCUCGAUCUGAUGCACGUGCUCUGCGUAUGUGAUGACGUAGCUAUUCCAAACAACCAAUCAUACAUUGUACAGCGCUGGAUGCAGGAAGAACAGGGAAGAGGGAUUUAUCUGACCGCUCGUGGACAGGACAUCAACAGGCAGCCAAACAUUCUUUACAUUACAACCAAUGGAGGGAAAACAUGGGACUCGCUCCACACAUUCGUCGACCCAAAAGCUGAGGAUUACGACAAAGACAAACACGAUUUCCUCAUUCAUCAACUUGACCUUUACAAAGCUCUCUGUCAUGGUAGGAACGACUACUCCAUCAACAUGAUCACCAAGGAAUUACGGUACUUAACGUGGGAGGAAACCUUCCUGUCCCUGAGGUCAGAUAUCCUUCCAGACGCCAUCCGGGCAAAAUACUGCGAUCUCACCACAAGUCUGUUCGUUGAUGUGGGAAAUAACUACUCUGUAUUGGACCAUCCUAACAUAUGUUUUGUGUACGAGUACGUGGGCUCUAAGGAUGAAGAAAAGAGUCAAGGAGACUUUGUAGUCAAAGAAUUGGUUGCUAUUUUUCCUGUUCUGAGGGACUGGAUUGCAGAAUUCCUACAGGAAAACAAAUGCAUGUUUGCUGACGAUAUUGGUCACAACAUGCUUAUUGAACAGGUACUCCGACUGCUCUACCACUUGGUGAAGUUCGGGUAUUACCUGGAUGCGGAGGAUGUGGAACAGCUUCUUCCUCCAAUGUUGAAUCUACUGGACGGACGACAUGAUUUUCCGUUCCAGAAAGACAGAGAAAAAGGAUUUUCAAAAGAUGCCAUGAAGUUAGUCCAUCAGUUCCAAACGAUAGAACGAUUCUUACCUACUCCAGAAACAGAAGCAAUCGUCAAUGCCAAAUUUCAGGUACUGGAAGUACUGGAUCUCCUUCUCCUCUACCAAAGAAAUUCGAGACUACAGAGUUUCGUGUCGAAGUUUAAAGUAGCAGAGAAAUGUUGUGGUCAGAAAAAAUCACAAAAUGUGUUGGUGUCUAUGUUGUUUGACGAUUUCGAUCCUCACGACCAAAGCAAGAAAGCACUUAAAUGUCAGAAAAGGAUUAUAAAAGAACUGCGAGAAAUGUUCAACAAAGCGGCUAUAUUUGACGUGGAAACUCUAACCCGGGUGCUGACGGAUUUAUCAAGAUAUAAAUACAACAAGAUGAUAACAAAAUCUUUAAGCAUUCUCAACAAGGUGUACUCGUCAAAGGAUAACGUGUUUCGACUGUCCAAAAAAGCCCAGAUCCUAUUGACCCAAGAUUCGGCGAGAGUCCAUCGGGAAGUGUUGAAGAGUAUGCCAAUCCUCAGAAGGCUUGCUAAGGCCAAACUUGAUGAGCAGCAGAAAAAAUUGAUGGAAACGAUAUUGGACGACCUUGGCGAAUUCUGCCACCUCCCUAUGACUCCAGACGAACCUCAUCCAAUGAAUCAAAACAUCUUGAUAAGUAACGGUAUCUUGACCAUUUUAUUUGACAUCCUUACCCAGGAUAUUGACACGAAACUGAUGGAACUAUACCGGGGGAUGAAGGACGUGUUCAAGAAAACGUUUCACUUGGUAAAGCUUCUCGCGCGAGAGAAUGACCGUGUCCAGUUCCAUUUGUUUGACCGUCUUGACGUGCUAUUGGAUGUACGAGUCGUGGAAUCAGAUCUCGCCAUAGCUUUGAAGGAGGUUUUUAUGGGUAACCAGAAUACCUGUCUAAAAAUCAGCCCUCGACAGAUUCAAAAGAUUGUAUCACGUGCUGCAGAGUUACAGGAGCGCGCGCCUGAGUUUCUAGACCUUCUAGGGAUGAUAGUGAAAGUCGUGGGGACAGACCUGACGCUCAAACGUAACCAGGCAUACGUUAUGAAGUACAUCAUGCAGAACUACAAAAAGGUCGCCUAUGUUCUAGAUUUUAGUAGGGAGGAGAGAGAGAAGAUCCUGACCACCCCUAACAGGAUAUGUACCCUGCGUUAUUACCUUUGUUUGUUGGAUCUUCUCGCAAUUUGUGCUGAGGGUGAAAACAUGUUUAUCGAGUCUCUGUGCCAGACCAUUCUGCCCAUGGACGACCUUUUGUGGGUCCUCAACAACCCAAAGGUGGACGGUACGUGCAAGAAACCCUUCAUACGCUGUCUACACCACAUCUACAUGAAGAGCAAUAACACCAUGGUGGACACUGGAUCUGGUGAAAUGUCUCACAACGAAGACCUGUGGGAGUAUUUGUCAAACUUGUCGAUUGACAUGAACCGGCUAACCGAUAGCAUCAAAGAAGACCCAGACAAAAUCGCAAUUCAUCUCAAAACUGCUCCGGAGAAAAGUGGGUCGGCUAGCGCCACUGAUUUCGAAUCUUCAGCAUACGGGAGUGUUUUGUACUUCCUAGAGGCCGUACUGCCGUUCCUCGAGACGUUUUAUAGAGAUUUUUACUAUCCAGACCAGACAACGUUCGGGAACGAGGUGGACGAGACGGACCAUAUGGCAAAAGCUGUUGUAAUGUUUUGUGAAAUGGUGGGCCCCCUCCUCUACAAACCUACCCAUAUGAAGAACAUGGUGAAUUGCCUGACCGUCAUUGUUCCCAUCUCCAACAUGCCGAAUUCGAAUAUUGACCAUGUACUGGACCGUUUCUCCUCUGGGAUCACUGUAGAGGAUACAUCUAGUGCUGUACGACGGGGCAACAUAGAAUAUUACGCAGAUGAAGUUGAAAUCAACUGUAAAUUCCGAACGUUUGCUAAAAACGUGUCUGUAGUUUUCUUCGGGCACAACAAAGUGCAGGCACAGCUGAAGGUCAAAUCUAACAGGGAGUAUACAGAACUCGGUGGUAACGAGGAGAUUCCAUUAGGAGAAGAGUUUCAGAGUCACGUCAAAUGUUUCAUACAUGCCAGCGAGAAAAAAUUGGAGAAAAAGUUUGAACCAGCUGCCAUAUUGAUAGAACAACUUCAUAUAUCUAUGGGCCAUAAACGAAUGAGUGAAGCCGCCAGACAGGAAAUGGACGACUUGAAUAUAAAGUGUAUCCAGCUUCUCAGAGCAAUCGUCCAUAAUGAGGAACGUAGGAUGCCCGAGGACUGGGAAACGAGGACAACCGAACCUAAAAUUAAAAAGACACUAAAGCUGAUAACAGGAAUACAGAAUCUGUACGACAAGAAAGGAGCGAUGAACAAAGCCUUACCCCAUCUGUCCACCAGAAACGAGGAACUGGCUAAAGAAGUAUUGGGUUUCCUGUGUAUACUUCUGUUUAACGCCAAUACCUCUGUUCAGCAAUCCAUGUUGAACUAUUUCCUGUCCACACGAGAAGAGGUAUUCUUUAUGGCUGUCAGGGACAGAAUGGCUUUGUCCACAAACUCCAUCAAGGAAAAACGUUCUCUCCAAGCUCAACAGGAUGCUAAGAAGAAGGAUGCUACAGACACGUUUGGCACUAAGCUAAGGAAGGGGUUCCCUGUCAGUAUUAUGGCCCUUAAGCAAAUACAAGCCUAUGAAGAUGCACUACGACAACAACGACUGUCGGGAUGGACGAGACGUCGCCCACCUAGCGUAAAAUGCAAGAAGAAAAAAAAAGCAAAGAAACCUAAAGUCCCAAAAGAGAAGAAGAAAAAACCGUCCAAGGUCAAGGAUUCUUCAGCUAAUGGUUUAAAGAAAGAGGUAUCGUUCGCGUCCCCUCUGUCAAAGGAAGACCAGGCGCUGAUUGUUAACCCAGACAUGGAGACAGAAUUAGUCGCUAUCAAGAUAGAGGACCCACCUGAGCCGGAACCACCAAAUAACGAUGACGACUCCCCACUGGAGUACCGAAAUGACGGAUAUAUAGAACUUGUACUCAAAGUAAUGGCACGUAUGUGUGAUGGCCAGAACCAGCACUUACAGGAUUACCUGCGAGAACAGCCAGACAAUGUCAAGUCAUUCAACAUUAUCGCUGAAGUGACGAGGUUCCUGAACGUUGUGUAUUCCAACAUAACCGGUAAAAACAUCGACCUGGUUAUCCAACUGUUCGACACUAUGAACGAGUUCACGGCAGGAAAUCAGGAAAACAGGAUUGUGAUUUACGACAAUAAAAUCAUCGACUACAUAAACUUUAUCUUGAGAGCUGGCGACAUCGAGUAUUGCUCGACAGAGAAGAUACUUGCACUGCGAGAGAGUAUAGCAAAUUUGAUUUUGUCACUAAUAGAGGAAAAUGGACAUGGGGCAUCAGAGUUAACAGUGGAAGUGAAAGAUACAUUGGACAAGAAAUCCGUACUCCAGUUACUCACGGAAUGCUACGAGAUGCACCAACCAGACAAGAAGAAGCUGGAAGAGCUGAAAAACAUUACAUCUGGUGACGUGAUGGUACCUCAGUCUAAGAUCAAGUCGUUUGCCUUCGCUGGCGGCAGUUUUCUACAAGGUGUCAUGGGUAACCAGAAGGAUGAGCUGGCUGAUAUUUACAUGGACGUCGGCUUUCGUUUGUAUCUAAUACUGGCCCGAAUGGUGGAUGUCGACGCCAAGCUUAUUGACCUUUUGAGAAUGCAGCCCUUACAGGCAAAGGCAUUCAAUUUCUACAAGAAGAAUUGCAUGUCGAUAGAACUGGUAAAGGACGAUGAACUCCAGAAAGUCAACUUUCGGGUCAAAAACAAGCGAGUGUUACGGGAAGAAGUAAAAGAAAGUCUUAAAUGGAAUGUCGACCGUUCCUCUCCCAGCAACAAAAUCCGUGACGUCAUGGAAUGGACCAAAGACAUCAUGAAAGACAUAGCUUACCAGAGGAAAAUUCUUAGUAAUCCUAUAGCUAUAGGUCUCACCAAGGGAUGGCUUAUAUGGAAUCACAUGGUGACCAUCCUUAGUUUUGCUAUCAACAUCUUGAUGUUGGUCACGUGGCAGGCGAAGGCGUCGCUAGCGACCCCUGGUGUGAUGAUGGACAACACUACUGCUAUCCCCGCCAGUUUGAUAGAUCCAAUUCCUGUUAUAACGACACUGAAAGUGAGCGAGUACGAAAUGGCUAUCUACACCCUUGGAGGCUUGCACAACUUCUUCACCUUGCUCGUAUUUAUCAGCUACUUCGUCGGGAACCAUCCAAGAAUGCCUCACUUUCGUGCCAUAUUUACCUCAAUGCGAAAAAUGUGUUCACGGAAAAAGAAGGACGAUGAGUUAGAGGAAGACAAGAAGAAGAAACAUCAGUCAAAACUAGACGCGAAACUGUUUAGUUUCACUACAUUCUACUACAUGGCGUUCCUUGGCCUCUCAGUGGGUGGAACUGUAUACCAUGGCUACUUCUUCGCCUUCCAUCUUCUGAACAUUGUGAACAACAACCAACUGCUUGGUGGCGUCAUCAAAGCCGUCACCCAAAACGGAAAAUCAUUGCUAUGGGUGGCUGUCCUGGGUCUCUGUGUGUUUUACCUGUACGGAAUAGUGGGUUUCGCCAUGAUGCGGAGUAUGUUUCAACCAAGUGACUAUCUGUACUGUGACACACUUUGGCAGUGUACUAUCACUGUGGUGCGGUACGGACUUAUAGGAGAUCUGUUCGAGGUCAUGAAAGCACACAGGCUGGAGGCCACAUUCCAGAAGUUUGGCUUUGUUGUCUUGUAUCAUGUCUCCUUUUUCAUCUUCAUCACAACCAUUGGUCUCAACAUCAUCUUCGGUAUCAUCGUCGACACAUUCUCAGAGCUCAGGGAUCUCAAGUGGACAGCGGAGGCUGACAUGAGAGACACUUGCUUCAUAUGCAGCAGAAAUAGUUACGAUUUUGAACAUCAUGGCAAGGGAUUUGACCACCACGUGAGGCACGAGCACAACAUGUGGGCGUACAUCUUUUUCUUCAUACAUCUUAACGGAACCAAGAUCAACGACUUUACAGCUCUAGAACUCUAUGUUCACAAAUUGCUGCUGAAGGAGAAUUACGAUUUCUUCCCGUUAGACCGCGCCCUGUCUCUGUCUGGUAUGGGGAAGGACUCUACAGAAACCAAGAUCGACGACCUCCUGUAUCACGUAACAUCCAUAGUAGAGAAACAGCGCAAGGAGGAACUGGAGAAAAAACGUCACGAAGAAAGAGCUCGGCAGAAAGUUUGGGAACAAAAGCAUCGCUUAGGAUCGUUCCGAAGGCGAGCAAAGCUCCCAGCGCCAUUAGAGAAAGACCCUCUGACUGGACUUCCGGUUGCACCGAGUCAGCAUGAUGACCAACCCCAUGGGCAAGCCGCCCAAAUGAGUCCAUUCCCUCCUACGCAGUACUUAAAGCCUAUCUUCCCGCAGCCCACAGGUCUAUCAGGUAGGACCACGCCUAGGAGAUUCAGUGAUGUGGGACUCGUCACCAGCCUGCUAAGCCAACGGGCAGAGGCAUAUACCCCGAUGCCAUCCGCCCUGUCACGCUUUGACAGAAGACCUUCCGCUAGCAGUAGAAGUGGAAGUCCAUCACGUCUCGACCACGAACCCCAGCGAUUCAGGAGACGAAGUCCAUCAAGGUAUGAAGACGAAGAACUUAUGCUUGGAAGUCCCGAUCGCUUUGGUGAUCGUGGCAGAAGUCCAUCUAGAUCACGCAUGGGUAGUGAGAGUGAUCUACGUGGAAAAAGUCCCAGCCCACUGUCCCGUCGUGAUACUAUGACCAGCAUGUUAAGUCCCCGGUGGGCAGACAGUAGGUCGACCAGCCCACGCGGAGCAACAGUUUUCUUCCCCGACACCGAUCCCUUUCCUCCACCACCACCACCGUUGCCAUCGAUGGACAGGCGGGGAAGUGAUUUCCGUCUGGAGACGGUAGAAGGUCCUCAAUAUUCCCAGGACUUUGAUUAUCCUGAUUAUGAUCAGGAUGAUGAGAGCUAUCUAGACAGGGACCGCCGGAGGGAUAGGAGGGAUUCGCAAUACUAG